AUGUCGGUCCCCACAGGAGGCCGAGCGCUCAGGGCAGGGCUGGUGCUUGCUUGGGGCUCCUGCACUCAGCCGCGCCGGAGCCGCCACUCUGAGCCCAGCGAUGGUCCGGGGGCGGGGCUCGGGCCUCGCGGCUUCUCAGAGGUAGCAGGAUCCCUGGCCCGGGAGGUGUCAGCUCUAACCCGACCUCUCCAGACACGACAUCGGGAGCCUCAUCUCUCUCCGCACCCUGCUUGGACUGUGCAACAGGUGAGACAGGGUCCACACCACAGAAAAGAACUUGCCAGGUGGCCGUGUGUGGUGGCACAUGCCUGUAAUCCCAGCACUUGGGAGGCUGAGGCAGGAGGAUCGCAGUUGCUGGGCCCUUUGGGCUUUGGGGAAACUUGCACCGGACCCUGGCCCAGUAGGGUGCCCCCGUGUCCUCCUCGGCAGAGCAGGAACAGGGUGACUCAGCUGCCCACGCCGGAGCAGGGCGACAUGGAACUGACCUGGCAGGAGAUCAUGUCCAUCACUGAGCUGCAGGGUCUAAAUGCUCCAAGUGAGCCGUCCUUUGAGACCCAAGCCUCAGCCCCAUACCCUGGACCUCCACCGCCUCUCUCCUACUGCCCCUGCUCUGUCCACCCCGACGCCGGCUUCCCACCUCCUCCACCGCCUUAUGAGCUCCCGGCAUCCACCGCCCACGUCCCGGAUCCCCCAUACUCCUACAGCAACAUGGCCAUGCCAGUGUCCAAGCCGCUGACCCUCUCAGGCCUGCUCAAUGAGCCCCUCCCAGACCCCUUAGCCCUUCUGGACAUUGGGCUGCCAGUGGGGCCACCCAAGACUCAGGAGGACCCCGAAUCCGAUUCAGGAUUAUCCCUCAACUACAGUGACGCGGAGUCUCUGGAGCUGGAGGGGACAGAGGCUGGCCGGCGCCGGAGCGAGUACGUGGAGAUGUACCCAGUGGAGUACCCUUACUCACUUCUGCCCAGCUCCUUGGCCCACCCCAACUACGCCUUGCCCUCCGCUGAGCCCGCCUUGGCCCUAGAGCCCUCCCCAGGCCCUGUGCGAGCUAAGUCUACCGCCCGGGGCGAGGCGGGGAGUCGCGAUGAGCGUCGGGCUCUGGCCAUGAAGAUCCCCUUCCCGACGGACAAGAUUGUCAACUUGCCUGUAGAUGACUUUAACGAGCUGUUGGCACGGUACCCGCUGACGGAGAGCCAGCUGGCGCUAGUUCGGGACAUCCGACGGCGGGGCAAGAACAAGGUGGCCGCCCAGAACUGUCGCAAGAGAAAGCUGGAGACCAUCGUACAGUUGGAGCGGGAGCUCGAACGGCUGGGCAGCGAAAGGGAGCGGCUUCUCAGGGCCCGCGGGGAGGCGGACCGUACCCUGGAGGUCAUGCGCCAGCAACUGGCGGAGCUCUACCGUGACAUUUUCCAGCACCUCCGGGACGAAGCCGGCAACAGCUACUCCCCCGAAGAGUACGCACUGCAGCAGGCCGCGGACGGCGCGGUCUUCCUGGUGCCCCGGGGGGUCAAGAUGGAGGCCACAGACUGAGCGCCAGGGAGGGGGAGACAUGGUGGGGAUUUCCCACAUUCCCUUUGGAUAAAGGUUCUCCCCAGCCCUGAGACCUAAAAGGUGCUAAAUUCUAUAGGCCAAGGGGACAACAAGGGAACCCCCGCAUGUGGAAGUUCCAAGGUGCAUUCAGUGAGGCUUGCCUGGAGGCCAGGGGAGGAACCUAGCUUCCCAGCCCAAACUCUUUCUCCCGUCCAGGCUUUGGUCUAUAAAGAGCUAUACAGAAGCAGCUUUCCGUUGUGUCUUCCUCCUUUUUUUUUUUUUUUUAUUUUGGAGACAGGAUCUUGCUAUGCAGUUCAGGCUGGCCUAG